AUGAGCGCGCGGUUCCAAUCGCGCGCAAGUAUCGUGUACGUUGGCUCGGAUUUCCACCCGAGCAGGAUACGUGGGAACCGCGCUCUUCGCUUCUUCGAGACGUUCCGGACGUCGUUCGGGCUUACGAGUCCCUGCACACGCUUGGUGCAAACUUGGUCGACGACCUGUGUGUUCUCGCGGUGA